GUCCCCUAAACCCUAGUAAAACCUCACUCUUCUCAUUCUUCCUCGCCGGCAAAAGAAAAAAAGCCAAGACUUAGGAGAGAAUGUCUGACUUGGAUGAUGAAAUCACGAGGCUUUUCAAGGUGCGUCGCACGGUGCUUCAGAUGCUGAGGGAUCGAGGUUAUACUAUAGAAGAAUCUGACUUGAACUUGAAAAGAGAAGAGUUUGUUCAGAGAUUUUGUAAACCUAUGAACAAUAUGAACAAAGUGAACAAAGAAGCUCUUUUCGUCGCUGCCAAUAAGGGGCCAAAUCCAGCCGACAAGAUUUAUGUAUUCUACCCGGAAGGUCCUAAGGUCGGAGUCCCAGUGAUUAAGAAGGAAGUGGCAAUAAAGAUGCGAGACGACAAAGUUCCUCGAGGGAUAGUAGUUGUUCCAAUGGCCAUAACUGGGCCGGCUAGAAUGGCCGUAUCAGAGCUCAACAAGAUUCUAACGAUUGAAGUCUUUGAGGAAGCCGAAUUGGUGACCAACAUCACUGAGCAUAAACUCAUCAACAAGUACUAUGUACUCGACGAUCAAGCCAAGAAGGAAUUACUCAACAUGUACACAGUGCAAGACACACAGUUGCCUCGCAUCCUUGUCUCUGAUCCUCUUGCCAGAUACUAUGGACUCAAGCGAGGACAAAUUGUCAAGAUCAGACGAAGCGACGUUACUUCUCUGGACUAUUAUACCUACCGAUUUGCUGUUUGAUUCGUAUCCACUGUUUCUUUUGUUUUGCAUUUUAUAAACCUUGCUUCUUCAU